GAAUUGAACUGUAAGGCGCGAGACAUUGUCACCAUUGAAGAAGGAGACAUGGACUUCAACGCUGCCUUGGAUAAGUUUGCAAACAUUCUGAGUGGAGAUCCUGGAAGUAAUCCUGUUAAAGGUUGGCUAACAUUUCUAUCACCUUUAACCCUUUACACUCGAUCAUCAGUAUGUAUUUUCUCUAUACUGUUCUCUAUGCAUUUUCAAAGGUGCUAACAAGGAGAAUUUGUUUAACAAUCUAGACCUUCUUUAGUUGGUGAUCAUUUUCUUAAUUCUUGUGACCUUACUGUGUGAUUUAGGGCUGAUAUUGUAAGGAGAAAUUAGACGCUAGGGAUGACUGGGUUAAAACUUGCUUACUACAAGUACCUUCUGACUGAAGCAAGAGAUCCUACAAAGUGCCAUUUGUAUGUUUAACCUUUUGACUCCUAAGAGUGACUAUCACAGGAUCACCACUGGAUCACACGUCGACAUCACGAGAAUAAAGGAAAUGAUCACCAACUUAAGAGGCUCUUGAUUGUUAAACAAAUUCUCCCUGUCAGCAUCAUAGGAAAUGUAUAGAGAACUUUUAAAGGAAUAUGCAUACUGAUGUUUGAGUGAAGCAGAUUAAUUGCCAUGAUACCAAAUGUUUCGCGAAUGAUCAUCAGAACUUGAAUUAAGAGUGGUGUCCAAAGCAAUCAAUGCCUUCUAUGGAAAAACGGUCCCCUCUGGUUGACACGAAGUCAUUUUCCCAGCUCUGUAAUUUUCCUUUGCCAAGGGUGUUUUUUAAUAAUGCGGGCAGAACCGAGUGGAGUUAUUGCAAUGAGAAGUUUCAACCUGUCGACCCCUCGGAGUGACUUGCUUCUUAUUUCUCCUCUACAGUUUCACCCUUGCGUCAAAUGUAAAGGAAAAUAUCAUAAAUUUAGGGAGAUUCUCAUCGUCAAACAAAUUUUCAUGGUCACUGUUAUAGGGAAUGGAAAGUGAAUCGUGUCGAGAAAAUCAAUACCAAUGAUAGGGGUAUAGGGUUUAUCUCAAGUGAAAUCUGUAAUUUACAAAAUGAAUUUUCUAUAUGCUGAAUCGAGUGCAGCGGUUCACAGUCAGCACUAUCGUAUUUUGUUUAGUCUACACUAAAAUUCAGUCCUCACUUAUCCUCAUAUAGAUGCUCAGAAAAUGGCGAAAGACGAAGAAUACGAGAAGGGUGUAGUUAAGGGCAACAUGGUUUAUAAAAUUCAUUGGACUGAUCCUCCAACUCUGAUGCCAGUAGAGACUAUGUGUGGACGAAUUCCUCAAGUCUCCAUUUUUGACACUAAGGAGGUAAUUACAUUUUAUUAGUAAAGCUUUUCGCUUUUUGCUGGUGACCAAUUAUUUGAUCAUCUGUGAAUCGUGUUCACGUUGGAAAUCUUGUUUCUGUGUUUUAAAACACUGAGUCGAGGGUGACAAUCUCUAACGCAGUGGUCAAGCAUCCGCGCAUGAGCGAACGUCGGAAUGACCAGGUGCCAGUAGUUGGCGUGCAUUGAGGCUGUCACAACCUAGAUGUGACAAAUAAUAGCACAAGUCAGUUAGUCACGGUGUUUUGAAAGCGUAUAACUUUUUCGGUAAAGCGCAAAGCAGAAUAGUAAAUCAACAGGAUAUCUGUACUUGAAAGAGCUUUGCGUUUGGAAAGUCAUCAGUUUUCCUUUUUCCCUGCUUUGUUUUCUUUGACAGAUUUCAAUGAAAAUUUCAAUUUUAUUUCGUUUAUUUUGCAAGAAUGCGGUUGUUUCUUAUGUUUUACAGUGAAAUUUUACACACUUAAUUGGCGCACGGCCGGCCAGUAUUGAUUCCUUUGCGCAAGCCCGACGUUUGGUCGGUUUUUCUGUAGAUUUAGCGUUUUGUUUUGAGUUUUAUCAAAACAGUCAUACGGUUUUUUAACACUGCGCAUUACUCGAUUGCGUGGUUGUUUAUAACUCUUACAAGGCAAUUUGGCGCGCCACCCACACGAAGCCUAUACAACAUCCACAGACGUUCGACCGCUGUGUUGCCUAAAUUGCAUUCGGCUACACUUUUUCUCUCACAGUCCUAGUCAACACAUUUUGUUUUUAUUCAGGUUUUCAUAUUUGACUUUGGUUCAGAACUGUACGUGUGGAAUGGACAACAGUCGUUAUCAGGUCAAAGAAAGUCGGCCUUCGCUCUGGCAAAACAACUAUAUGAAGAGCCCUUUAAACCGUAUGGAAAAAAUUAUGAUCCAAUCUUCCCGUAUGGCAAACCUGAAAAUUGCACCGAAGUAGACAAUAAAGUUUCAAGUGGCAGACCACCGUGGACAUUAUUUGCAAGACUUCACGAAAAGGCUGAAACAAUCUUGUUUCGUGAGAAGGUGUGCGAUUUGUUUUUUUCCCUCUCUCUCUCGCUGCAAGUGAUAUUUUUGUCUUUAGGUGUAUCGUUGUGUUUCUCAAGUCUAUUAGUUGCCAAGUUAAUUUCCAGUCAUAAUGAAAUAUGAGAUAUUAACUUUUCUAUCUAUCAUUGAUUCCUUUCAAUGAUUUAUGGUAUUAAUUUUUAUUUAUUUAUUUCGUAUCCCUCAGAGGCUGGAAAGCGCGUCUCUCACCGUGUGUACGUGGUGUAUGCCGGCAUGGAACCGAUGACGUUUAAAGUUCUUUUUCCUUACUGGAAUGAUACACCAGAUGUCAUCAAAAUACAGAAACUGGUAUGUACUAUGUCGAAGCAUGCAAGCAAGCAAGUUUUCCUUGGCACGUUGCACUCCUUUUAGUAGAAUUAAAAAGCCGCCCUAUGCUUCUUUUAUCGUAAUCAGUCAUUCUUGUUGUCUCUUUUCUAGGACGGAAAGCAACCUAAUACAAAACACUCAGCCAGCGACUUACUACAACAGUUUACCAAGUAAGUGACUAUAGAAUCAUUUUUCCUGUCACACAGAGCUGUGUUCUUCUCCUUCAGCAGUUUUCAUCAGUGCUUCUGGUAUGAGAAUUUCCAGACUGUGACAGAGGGCGCACGCUUAAACAUUGCAAUUAUGCAGAGUUUGCUUUAGUAAGCUCUGUGAUUGGUCCAGACUAACGCACCAUUCUCUUAACCAAUCAGAUACAUACUAAAUCGUUGUCGACGUGGUUGCCCACAUUUUCCUGCGUUUUAGACAUUGUGCUUGUUUUAAAUUUGGAUGCUCAUUGGCUCCACGUGUUUAUUUUCUUCUAUAUGAUUGGCUGAUCUUGUUAUUAUGUGUAUGGUCUCAAAGACACUUUCUCUAAUAACGCUCUAUCUUAACUACUCCUGAAUUGCUUUCGAAGGGAUUUUUACACACUGGCUGAACUUCAGAAGAUACCACCACCCCAAGGAGUCGAUCCAGCGAAACUUGAAGUUUACUU